GGGCAGGUUGGAGGGCUGGCCUGCCGCUCACUCGGUCAGAGGUGGCACUCACAUGCACGUAGCGGCAGACACGCGUGCCUCCAGCUCCCUCCGUGUCUCUUGUAGCCUCCGUACCUGGAUAAGUUACCUGCACCGUGAAGAUGGAGACGUGCGCUGGAAAAUAAUCGCACCUCGCCUGUGACUCAUUCUCGUUUGUCUCGAGUGAAAUAUUCGAAGUGCAGGAUUACCGAGGAGGUGUUGGUGCGAAGCUCAGGUACCGAGUGGGUGCUGUUACUGAAGCCGCCAAGUGAGUAACUAAGAGGUCAUCCAUAAGCAAUCAGUUCCGGAAACAGUGAGUGAGGCAUUGUCCGGAAAAAAAAAGUAAUUAUAAAACAGAAAGACUAGUGAAUUAUCUGCCAACGCACACUGUUUGCUUUUCGCUCUAAAAAGAAAGAAAAAAAAAAGUGGAAAAAAGGACAUUAGAGAGCGGCAGUGACAGCAGUGCGGGCGUGAGUGACAGAAGUGAUUGCACGUCCCCCAGGAUCUCCAGUGGGCGUGUGUUCGACGUUGGACCAGGUGGAGGCAGCAGAGGGGUGCGGCGCCCCCCCACAAGGAGCAGCACCUAAGGAGUGAAUCCAGGAUGCCCCGCCCUCAAGCAGCCGCCCCGUAACUCCCACGCACACACACACACACACACACACACAUACACACACGCAACACAUGAUGGCGGCUCAAUGUGUGUCAUAGGGCGCCGAGCCACCGCGACGCGCCAUGCCAACACGUGACGGGGCCGUGCACGUGUAAACUUUGAUCCAACGUGUUUCGCUUCCCGUGUGUGCGGCGGGGAGGAGGCGGGAGGAGGGGAAGGAGACGCGGGUGUGAGCGGGGCAGUGGGCGAGCACCUGAGGCGUCUCCCCGCGGCCAGAUGGGACCAAGACUGCAGCCGCUGGUCUUCAUCCUCUUGGCGGUGGCGGCGCUGUGGGCGGAGGUGGCUGGGGAUGGCGGCGGGCAGCUAGAAGUGGAGAUGGGCGGCGCUGGUGGAGGUGGUGGCGGCUUGAUAACAGACCAGCUGCAAAAUAACUCCCAUAUCGUGGUCCUGCCGGGCGAGUCUGCGAAGCUUGCUUGCCCUCUGCCCUCCGAUGUUUUUGGCUCGUUCCUCCAUCUUCCCCAGCGGGUGUCGUGGAUCAGGCGGCGGGACAUGCACCUGCUGGCCAUGGGGGAAAAUGUCUUCACGGGAGACCACCGCAUCUUCGUCUCCCAUUCCAGACACCCGCACAAAAAGGACUCCAGACACACGCAGGUUUGGUUCCUGCACCUGAAGAACGUGACGAAGGAGGAUGAGGGGGAGUAUGAGUGUCAGACGUCCACACACCCGCCCACCUCUUACAUGACUUUCCUUAAGGUUCAGACUGCCUGGAGUGAGUUACAAGGUCCGGCCGAGCGCCACGUGGCCGCCGGCAGCACCCUAAGGCUAAUGUGCACGGUGAAGGACGCCCACCUGCCCCUCAAAUAUGUCUUCUGGUAUCAGGACUCCAAGAUGAUCAAUUUCGACAAGAGACGAGGUGUCAACUACACUCUGGAAAGGGAUCGCAGUGUUCUGACUGUGUCCUCUGUGUCCGACACCCACGCCGGAAACUACACCUGCCAGCCGGCCAACGCCUCGCCUUCCUCGGUCCUUGUCCUCGUCAUGGUCGAGACGACGGAGCCUGGGGCAGAGGGCGGCCGCAGCCAGAAGGGGGCGGACAACGAGAAGACUCAGGUCCGGCAGCUUGGCGUGAAGAGUGCCUCCUCCGCCGGACCUCGUGUCCUACCUCAGACCUUGGCGCUCUUCCUACUGGGCCCGCUGCUCCUUGACGCCCUCGCCUUCCCGCGGGUCUUCCAGAGUAACUUGUAGAGAGACUCGACACGGCGCCCUGUUGUGUGGAUGCUCUUUGGCGCCACAGUGAGUGAGUGGGCGCGUUGCGAGACUUGCCUGAUGGACACUGGACUAACGGUGUAUAUAUUGGAGUUUAUAUACAUAUAUUGAAGAAAGAACAAGAUUAUUAUAUUCAUCGGUGGAAUCAUGACGUUAUUACUGUGAAGUGUGGAUAUUGUUAUUAUCAUUAUCAUCAUUCUUUUUUUUCUACUCGACUCCUCCCUCGAUUCAUAGAGUUAACUAUCGAAUCUAUAGUGUGUGUGUGUGUGUGUGUGUGUGUGUGUGUGUGUGUGUGUGUGUGUGUGUGUCCAGACGUUGGUUGGCUGCUGUGGGAUGGAGACACAUCCGCCAAUGUCCGGUGUCCCGCAUUCACUCUGUCUUGAGGUGGUGGAAGAUGAAGGGCGCUCCGCUGCCCUGCUCUCCUCCCCGCCCUGAGUGUUCUGUCCUCGUCCUUGGCGUGGCCUCCAUCAGCCGGGCGUUCUAUCUGUCUCUCCUUGAACAUGGGAUAACCUGGUGUUAAUGUUUUCCUGUGUUGCUCGUCACAAUAAACGUGAUAUAGGUGUGGAGUGUGAAGUCCCAGGUGUAUUUAAUUAAUCUGAUGUACUCAUAAAAUGUCUCACAGUAACUUUUUACGAAUGGAGUUCCUAUCACAUUCAGCCACUACGAAAUAUAAUAUAAAAGUGUAAAUCACGCAAAAAAAAGUAAUGAAAGUGAGGUGUGGAGUCUUUGUAUUGAUAAACAUUUUGGAAGAGGCUUAACAAAUAAAAAAAAAAUAAAUAAAACUAAAGAAAAACCAGUUAUAUGGUGAAUCACAGAUCUUGAUUUGUCACGUUAUACCUGUCCACUGAAACAUGCAAUCACAGGUGCGAGGGACCGACCGACAGUUACAGGAGAGAUGCUGAAAUUGGCAGGUGUGAGACGCGGCAUUAAAGGCGCGAGUCGUGUGAUUACGAAUAGGAGAGAAAGGCAAUUACAGGUGUGAAAGACGUGAAAUCACAGGUGUGAGAGAUAAGGAAUUACCGGUGAAAGAGAAAAUCACAAAAUCAAUACCGGUGAGCACCUGACCGGGUGGCGCUGUUGUAAGUGGUGCCCGCUCAAAGGGAAUCUCGCAGGAGGCCUCUUCGACCCCAGCGCAGGAGAUCCAGGACUGCAGCACCCGCCGCAUAUAUGUUGGUUGUUAAGUGUCACGAUUAAAUGGAAAGAUAUUGGAAAAUGGCUCAUAAAUUAUCGCUCUUAGCCGUUCCAUCACCGUCAGGAGCCACAGGGAAGGAGAGAGGUAGCGCCAAUCCUUCUCGUCAUAGGCACUGUUCUCUCAUCUUUAAAACAUUGAGUGCCAAGGAAAAAGAGUGAUAUGUCUUCUUUCAUAUGCCGGCGGCGCUCACCGUUCACUCAUCACCUGCAAACACUUUUAAAGGAAGUGUUAAAACAAGAACUAACGAACAUUACACCUUCUCCUUCUUUUCUUUGGACUCGUAAAUGGGUCUUUUUACGGGAAAUUUGGUGUUUACGAGGAAUGAGAUGGUGUACGCUUUCAUCAGUGUUGUCCGAGGCUUGGUGGGAAGGGAAGGGGAAGGGAGGGCGGAGAGUGAUUCAGGGAGGAAAAAGAGCAGUGUUUGGUGUUGUCCCGACCAAGAGAUGCGAAGGACAAGAUACAGAGAUGAAUAAGUCUUGGCAGCCUCCUGUAGAGUGCGUCUGUGUCCCAACCCGUGUGCGAGAUGCAACGACCGACGCGAGGCUGUUCAUGCCAUACAGGACAAAGGAACUAACUGAUGGAGGCGUGAGAAGGGGAGAGGUGAAGGGGAGCAGAGUGAGAGAAAAACCCACAACCUCUCCUUCCUUCUCGUGUUUCAAGGAGGAAGGUAAAUGAUAAAGAAAGGGGCGUUAGACUGUCUUUUCUCCAGUAUGACAUUAGACAAAUAAUGAAGAUAAAUAAAAAGUGACUCCUUCUGGAUGUUCCAAUUUAUUUUUAUGUUGAAAGUGUUACCAUAGAAUCAGAUGUUAUACUAGAGUGUAUUUGUCCCUGUUUUGUAUGAUAAAUAUAUUGGAAAAUAAAAUGUCAAGUGCUCAAC